CUUUCUUUUCAUAUUUUUCUUCUGUUUCAUCGUCCAAAUUUCUCUUUUAUUCAUGGCUUCUGCCUCCGUAACCAUCACUGACACCGCCUCAUGGUACUGUGCCGUUGUGCUGUUGGCCUUAAUACUACUGGGUUCAAUCAGGGAGAAUAAUUCUCUUGCUGAUGAGUCUCAAGUGAGAGGCGGCCAGCUUUUGGAUAGACCCUGCGAUGAAAUCUAUGUGGUGGGUGAAGGCGAGACCCUCCACACCAUCAGCGACAAGUGUGGCGACCCGUUUAUAGUCGAGCGUAACCCGCAUAUCCAUGACCCGGAUGAUGUCUAUCCGGGUCUUGUCAUCAAGAUUACUCCUUCAAAACCAAGAAAGAUGAGGUAACUGAAAGAGAAUAAAGCAAAGGAAAGAAAAGAAGAGUUCUCUCUAUCUUCUUCCUAGCUUGUAUCGUAUCUAUUCUUAUACGAGUAUAUGCUUUCUAAUAGAAUUUUUUUUGCUUUCAUACUACUUUGGUAGUUUUUUUUUUUUUUUCUCUUUUCUCCAGAUUUCUCUGUGUAAUAGGAGAAGAGGAGUUACAAAGAUGUAAAAGUUGGCAUAGUGAGAGUUUUUGUUUAUAAAUUUUCUUAAUAAAAACCAAAUAUUUGUAAAUAUUUCCACAUAAUUAAUCAAGUCCUCUUCUGUUUGUUCA